AUGUCUGGACCCACCUGGACCGUCGUACAUGUCUGGAUCGCUGGACCCACCUGGAUCGCCGUACCCAACUCAAUCGCCGUACCCACCUGGAUCGCCGUACCCAACUCAAUUGCUGUACCCACCUGGACUGCCAUACCCACCUGGACCGCUGUACAUGUCUGGAUCGCCGUACCCACCUGGACCGCCGUACAUGUCUGGAUCGCCGUACCCACGUGGAUCGCCGUACCCACCUGGAUCGCUGUACCCAACUCGAUAGCCGUACCCAUCUGGAUCGUCGUACUCAUCUGGAUCGCCGUAGUCACCUGGACCGUCGUACCCAACUCGAUCGCCGUACACGUCUGGAUCACCGUACCCAACUCGACCGCUGUACCCACCUGGACCGCCAUACCCAACUGGAUCACUGUACACGUCUGGAUCACCGUACCCAACUUGAUCGCCGUACCCACCUGGACCGCUGUACCCACCUGGACCUCCUUACAUGUCUGGACCCACCUUGACCACCGUACAUGUCUGGAUCGCUGGACCCACCUGGAUCGCCGUACCCAACUCAAUCGCCGUACCCAGCUGGAUCGCCGUACCCAACUCAAUUGCUGUACCCACCUGGAUCGCCGUACCCAACUCAAUGCCGUACCCACCUGGAUCGCCGUACCCAACUCGAUCGCUGUACUCAUCUGGAUCGUCGUACCCAUCUGGAUCGCCGUAGUCACCUGGACCGUCGUACCCAACUCGAUCGCCGUGCACGUCUGGAUCACCGUACCCAACUUGAUUGCCGUACCCACCUGGACCGCCAUACCCACCUGGACCGCCGUACCCACCUGGACCGCCAUACCCACCUGGACUGCCGUACCCACCUGGAUCGCCGUACCCACCUGGACUGCCAUACCCACCUGGACCGCCGUAACCACCUCGAUUGCCUACCCAACUCAAUCGCCGUACCCAGCUCGAUCGCCAUACCCACCUGGACCGUCGUACCCACCUGGAUUGCUGUACUCACCUGGACCGUCGUACCCACCUGGAUUGCCAUACUCAACUCGAUCGCCGUACCCACCUGGAUCGCCGUACCCACUGGGAUCGCCGUACCCAACUCGAUCGCAGUACCCACCUGGAUCGUCGUACCUACCUGAUUUGCUGUACCCACUUUGA